UUGGCAGCAUUGUAGUAAGUAGGUUCUGGGUUCAAAUCCCGGUCUGGGGUGUCUGUGCAUGGAGUUUGCAUGUUCUCACUGUGCGUGCGUGGGUUCUCUUCAGGUACUCCCUGGCUUCCUCCCACCGUCCAAAAAUAUGAUUGGACUGUCCAAACUGCCCAUAGGUGUGUGCCUCCAUGUUGGCCUGUGAUGGACUGGAGACAUGUGCAGAGAGUAGUAGGCAAUGGAUGGAUGGAUAACAGAAGUAGAAAUAAUAUUUCAUUUCCACCCAGAGAAUAAGUAGCUUUACAUUUACGUUUGAAUAACUCUUGUCCUACAUGUCUAGUCAGAUGGUUAGUGCUGGACCCUUCUGAGGGGCAGUUUGAUCUCCCCAUUCAUACAUUUAGAGUUAUACAUAUACAAAAAGGCACAAACAGAAAUAAAGUUGCAGUAUAACCCAAUGGCAAAAAUAUGCACACCCUUAAAUUAAAACUUGCCCAUUCUGCCAUGCAAAACCUCAGAUUGCAAGAACCUCUCUUGCCAUUUCGUUGUUGAUUUGGGUGCAGUGUUGGACUUACUGACGCUGAAAAUAAAACCUCUCUCCAUCUUUCUGCUCCCUGGCAAACAUUCACAGUUUGGGGGUAAAUAAGACAUUUGCAACUUUUCAUUUGAUGAAAAGCAACACCAGAGACUGAUGCUGCCACCACCAUGUUUCACCGGGAUGUGGAGUUCUUCUGUUGAUACUCAGUGUUGUCUUUGUGCCAAACAUACUUUUUGUUACGUUAGAUCAUAGCACUUUUUCCCACAAGGUUUUUUCGAAUAUUCCUGCCAGGUCUGGACGUUCUCAGGAUGUUUUCAGGAUGUUUUACUCCUUCAACCCGACUAAUUUUGGAAAUUGCCACAUGUUCAGAGUUUCUUUGGCCCUCAUGGCAGCCUCCCUGACCAGUUAAAGGCUUUUGUUCUUAUGUUCCCCCAUUAUCAAUACUAUAAGCGAGUAAAGAUGAUGGACAGGUGUCUUAUAUUGUUUACGUCGCAGUAACCUGACAGUUUUACACAUGAGUGGAGAUCUACUGUAGCACCUGUGUUCACGUGGUCCUGGUGUUCUUCCCUGGUUAAAAAGCAAGCUGAACAGAAGCCUUGCUCCCAGUCCAGCCUGUUAGUUGAUGCUUAUGACUUCAUGGUGCUAUACCUCCCUCUGUUCACUGUGGGUAGAAAACUAAAAACAACACAUCUAAGCACAGAAACGGUGAUAAUUAGAUGACUGUAAAGGUGAUAGCAAUAUGUUCCUGGCAUAUAUUAGCUGCAUUACAGAUACAGUUUAAUUGCUUUUUGACCAUCGUGCUUCUCUUUUAAUGACCGCAUCCAUUUUGAGCAGGACAGUGGCCACACUAACCAGCCACAUUAUGACAGAAUCAGAAGCUUCUGGGGCGGGGAAGCCCCCCUCGUCCUACAUGAUUUUUGUGGUGGUCUUCCUCUUCUUCCUGACUGGACUGCUGGGCUUCCUUAUCUGCCACCUCCUGAAGAAGAAGGGCUAUCGCUGCAGAACUGGAGACCUGGAAGAUGAAGAGGACAAGCUAGGGGAAGAUGAAGAUGAUGAGAACGAUGAGAACCAGGACACCGUGGAGCAGAUUCUUAAGUGUAUCAUGGAAAAUGAAGCCAACAUGGAGGCCUUCAAUGAGAUGUUGGGAAACCAUAACGUCUGUGUCCGACAUGAUCCAAGGUUACGAAAGGAGUCCAUUGGUGGUGUUCCUCCCCAUCACCAUACAGUCCACUCAGGCACCGACCACAACUCCUGCCUCCUCUGCACUCAAGUUCGAGCGAAAAAGGGCCGCAGACAAAGCAGAACACCCCGUUUCAAGAAACCUGGAGAGCAGACAGUUUUUUCUGUUGGGAGGUUUCACGUGACACACUCUGCUAAGAAGCCCCAGGGAGGUUCUAAUCGAUUGGCUGUAUCGGGGGACCAGUUGGACCAGUCCCAAGACAGUGACGAGAGAAAGGAGGAUGGAUAUAAUCUAAAAAAUAUGUUUAAGGAAGUCCAACCACCUUCAGAUGGUACCAAUGGUGUUGCUGCAAACGUGGGGAAGAGAAAGAAGAGUCUGACCAUAUUUGGGCUAAGGCGGGGCAGUGAUCCUUUAGGAUUGAGAGUAAAAGACAGGGCAUGGAGAGAGACUGGGGGGAUUAGAUUUGCUGCUCAGAGGCCACCUGUAGUGCUGGAGGAACCUGUACAGGCAGAGAAGGUUGAGGCUUGUCCAGAGUCUGGCACUAAACCUGGUGCCAAGCGGAAUACUGAGCCUGCUUCAGUUCAGUUUGAAGGUAAAACUUCAAUUCUAAAACGAUCCCCAAAGUCUAACUCUGGACCCCAGGAAGGUUCCAAACUUGAACUUAGUUCUGACCUGCAAGAAAAGAUGAGUACAGGAGCCUCCGCCCCCACCUCCCUGCCUAUUUCACAUGCCAAAUCUGAAACUGUCGACAAUAAGGUAUUAAAAAUGGAAGAUCCUGGACCACUACAGACCUCAACCCCCAUUGACACCACACCUGCACCAGUUCUAGGUUUCACCUCUGUCUUGUCCACUGGUCAGUCCCAUUUGAACAAAGACUUUAUGGCUGUCCGAGCUUUGUCUGACCCAUGUUCCAGCCCAGAUCCAGAACCGGCCAUCAGUGGUGGCCUCGCUUUAAUAAGCUUAGGUUCAUCUCCUGCAACUUCUUUCCUAAACAAGACCUUUUCAUCGGUCUCUUCUUUAAAAACACCUACCUCAUCCCUGACUGAGUCACCAAGCCCCAAAAGCAGCUUAAGAAAGACAACAACAGAGGUGACCAAUACCAUACUGUCGUCACCACUAGAACCAAGUUCUUCUCCAACCGCAGCUUCACCUUAUCCAAUCCUAAUGUCAGAAAGGUUUUCCGUCAGAUCUGCAACCCAAGGAAACACAGUUCCAAGUUCAUUAUCUAUAAAGGAACACAAGCUAGAAGAACAAAAUAUAGAAAAAAAGAGGCCUGGAAUCCUAAAAACAUCAAAGCUGUCUCCAGUUGCCACAGGAGAACCAAUCUCUUCUUCUGAACAGAUGUUGAAGGACAGACUGAGCAGUCUGCCUUUGUCACCCUCCAGCCCGUUGUCCCCAUCCUCACUUCAAGGGAGUAGAAUAAGUAGUGUAACAAUUGUCAAAGCCAGUCCUGAUAGCAAGAGAGAGUUUUCUGUCAUCACUAUGGUGGACAAAGAAGAUGUUACAGUGGACCAGAAAGGAGAGAGUGCUGAAAUUCCAUUCAAAUCAGAGAAAGGCCAAAUGAGCUCAGCUAUUGGAAAGCAACAAGAGAUUCUUGUCGGUGAAUCUGAAGUUCAUCGCAGAGGAACCUCAGGAGCAGAAACUAGCUCAUUUCUAGGUCAAGACAAGGAGGACAUGAUGGAGAUGGAAGAUAUUAGGGAUUGCAAGGUGACACAGAUGGAUGUAGGCAAGGAGUCGAGAGAGGAGAUGUUGGGUAAUCAAUCAGAACAGAACCAAGACGGAACGUCUCAAGAUGAUGAAGAGUUUGCUGCAUCCUGUAGUGAUUCAAGAGGAGAGAAAAGUCGUACCACAAACUGAACUACUAUGUAAUAAUAUAAAUGACAAAAUAUGAUAAUCAACAGUUUUUUAUUCACUUAAUGACAGAUGAUGUGAAGAUUUUCACCCUUUUUUUAGCCACCAGACUGGAAUAUUGGUUGGAGUAAAAGUUAUGGUUUGUUUGUCAUUUUAGUUCUUCCAGUUUGCCACUAAUACCACCACCCAAUGUUGUUGGGCUAUGUAUGAACAAUGACACUGGCAUCAUCACCUGACCAGCAGUGUAAGAGUUUCACUGAAUGUCCUGAAAUGUCUCUAUAAAUACCAGAGAGAUGGGAGCAAACUUUCUUCACACACCUAUGGGAUGCUGUCAUUCUGUAGUCCUUCCACAACACAGCACGGUUGUCUCUCAAUCUAAGAUUUUCCCUUAGUACCAUCCCAUGCAUUGUCAGAUAUUCACACCUGUUCCAAAGGAAGCUAUCUAGAGCCCAUCUCUACAUAACCAUUAAGAAUAUCUGUGCAACUAGAAUCAUCCACUAAAUACUUCCUGCCACAGUUGAUAACUCCAUCACAUGUAGGACAUGCUUCAGGGACGGUGUCCACACAGUACAGCUUCAUUUAGUGGAACAGUGAUAGCAGAGGCAGCAACAAGUCAGUGUUUUGCCAGUCAUAUGCAAGUCUCAAGUGUUUUUAUCAUGUCUUAAAGCAAGUCCCAAGUAAAGACCUUCAGGUACCAAGAUGAGAUCUGGAAGUCCAGAGUCAAAUCCAAGUCUUAAACUUUGAAUUUUUGAGUCCUUAUCCAGUGACUUAACCAAAUAUGUAAAUCAGUUAUAGAAUAAUGAUACAUGAUUUGAACUAAUCAUGACUGCUUAAUAAAAGGUAAAUUUAUUUAUACAUGAAGUUACGCAGCCGAUUAAACUACACAGAUAAGGAUCAAAAAUAAAAAGUGAUAAUUUUGAAUCUGACAGCAAAUAACCCAGGACUCCAAAAAAGGAUUAGUGUUUUUUACUAUACAGCUAGACCUCUCUUGAAAUCAAACACUGACUAUAAAAUGAAAUAUAUUUAAUUUUAGGGUGUCGUUAUCCCAAAGUGUCAGACUAUAGAUGCAUGUUCAAUGUACAAACUAAAUAAAAAAAUGCAAAAAACAAAAGCUGCUUCACAAAAUAUAGUUUUAAAGCCACUUGUUUAUUUUGGUGGAGGAAAUGUCUGUGUCCUGUUUGUGAAUGUGUGUGCGGGAUGAAAAAUGAGAGAGGAAUAAACUCAAUACUUUGUGCACUAUGUAGUGAUAGUAUGAUGCUAUCGUAGCUGAAAACUGGUUCCACGCGCCUGAUGGCAGUGAAGCUUUCUUUUAUCAUUGCACAGAAAAAGAGGUCUUUUUGUCAUUCAUCUAUGCCAGCAUAUGGACGUUUGAUGUAGUGCUGGAAUGGUACCAACAGUCUUCUUCUGCCAUUUAUAAUAUGCAUAUAUGUAUAUACAUGUAUACGCUCAAAUCUCUUCAUGCACACAGAUAGUGACAGCAAAUCGGACGCAGCCAGACAUUCCGAUUUAAACCUUUUGCUGUUGCCAGGACCCGGAUAACUGAGAAUUUGCACAGACAAUCAAGAUAGUAGGGUCCCAAAUAGCAUAUAUUGAAAACUGUUUUUGCAAAUGUCUUCUGCCCCGUUUUAUUUCUUUAUGCUUUGCUUCUGAGGAGCCAGGACUUCCUUUACCGUUUUCAUUGGUUUUCCAGUAACUGUUUUUGUUUUGAUAUUUUAAUUCAUGUUCUAUCCAGUUUCUUUCCCGGAUCAAGAGAUGUAACCCAUUAAACACUGAUCUCUAAAUUACUCAAGCAUCCAGAGGCCCAUGUUCCAGCAAAACUCAAGAUUCCUCUGUGAUGUGGCUGCAAAGCACAGAGCCCCUGACCUCUCACCCACUGUGCUCUGGGGCCACCUUCUUUAACAGCAGUAGGUUUUACCUUGGUAGGUUGAAAUCCCAGGAAAGACCUUCCACAUGCCACACCAGAUGCUUUCAAAUCAUUAUUUGCAUGAGCCAAUUACAUGUGCUCUGACACAUCUGCCUCCUAAUCAGUUGAAAGCUGUUGACAUGGAAUUGGGGGAGACCCACAAACUCUGAUCUGAUUCAACAGGCAGUCAGAGAAAUGUAAGAACCAUGUAUUGUAAAGGUGAGAUGGGAUUUUAGAACAAGUGUGCUAUAAACACCUGCAGCUCAGAUCCAUGGGCUGCAAUCAGAGCAGUGCCACUUUAUGAUCCAUCAGUGUCAGCGUUUAAUCGGAAAUACACAUUUAUCUGUAGAAUCUGGUGCAGAUAGCCAGGUUUUUAGGCAGUAAACAAAAGUCAUAAAGUCUAUAGAUUUUCCCCCCCAAUAUUUUCCAGGUCAGGAUAAGCCUGACAAAAGAAAAAAGGAGUAUAGAAAAAAGGGGUAUUUCCACACUUUAAUGUCCUCUAAGCAAAGAGAUGAAAAUCGCAAAACUACCUGGUCCAAGCUAAUUAUACUGAUUGCCUCAGACGUUUGCAUCCACCUUGAGAUAGUUGCCAUAUUCUCAGCUGCUAUCCUCAUUUACUACCUUAAAUCUAUCUUCAACAUAACUGCAGGAAAUCCUUAGUGCAUGUGUCAUGGACAAAUAUUUCUCAUCAGCCAGACAAGGGGCGAUUUUGUAAUUUUGGUACCAAAAACGUUGUUAGGAAUACAACAGAGAAAGAUUGGUUCUUGUCUUAUUUCCUUCAUUAUGCUCAAUCUGUGAUUUGUAAUGGCACAUGCAGUGUACAUAUUUGUAACCUGAUAAUGGCAGAAAGGUUUGGUGUAAAAUUAAAUUGAACUUUUGUAUUUAUCCAAUAAAAUCUGUGAAAAAUCUACCAA